CGGCUCGUUGCUAAGCUCAGAGCUAUUGUGAACAAUGGCGACGUUUCGUCGGAAGUGACAUCCUUUCGAUCAAAUGUGUUUUUACUUUGUAACUUUAGCGUUCUCUGUAGAUAUUAUUUACCGCCCUUAGGCAUUAGUCUUAACGAAUUUGCUGUAUACGAUGGCGAUGAACGCGAACGCGCUGUCCAAUGACAUAAGUCGACGAAAUCCGCAAGAUGAGUACGAGCUCAUCCAGAGGAUAGGCAGUGGGACUUACGGAGAUGUUUAUAAGGCGAAAAGACUCUCCAUGAACGACCUCGCUGCCAUCAAAGUUAUUAAAUUGGAGCCAGCAGGCAUACGUGUUUUAGGUGAUGAUUUUGCUAUUAUUCAACAAGAGAUCUUAAUGAUGAAAGAUUGUAGACAUUCUAAUAUUAUUGCAUACUACGGAAGCUACCUCCGAAGAGAUAAGCUUUGGAUAUGUAUGGAAUAUUGUGGGGGUGGUUCACUACAAGAUAUAUAUCAUAUAACUGGUCCAUUGACUGAAAUACAAAUAGCGUACAUGUGUCGCGAGACUCUCCUUGGUCUGGCAUAUUUGCACAGUAUGGGAAAAAUGCAUCGUGACAUUAAGGGCGCAAACAUUUUAUUAACAGAAUCUGGGGAUGUUAAAUUAGCAGAUUUUGGUGUGUCAGCACAAAUUACAGCAACCAUUAAUAAAAGAAAGAGCUUUAUCGGUACCCCAUAUUGGAUGGCCCCUGAGGUUGCAGCCGUAGAGAGAAAGGGUGGUUACAAUCAAUUGUGUGAUAUUUGGGCUUGUGGGAUAACAGCAAUCGAAUUGGCUGAAUUACAGCCACCGAUGUUCGACCUACAUCCAAUGCGAGCCCUUUUUCUCAUGUCCAAAUCUGGCUUUAAACCGCCAACAUUAAAGGACCGUGAUAAAUGGAGUCCCACCUUUCACAAUUUCGUCAAGGUUGCGCUUACCAAAAAUCCGAAGAAAAGGCCAACAGCUGAAAAACUAUUACAGCACGCAUUUUUCCAAGGCGAUAUGAACAAAAGAUUAGCGUUGGAAUUACUGCAGAAAGUAUCCAACCCUAGUCAUAUGUUUGCCGAACUUGAAGCAGACGAGGAUGGGGCAGUACCAAACGUUCCACAAAGAAUCGCAUCAAGACACACAGCAAGGCCCAGGCCAAAAAGUCCCAUUCCUCAACUUGAUAGCGAUGAUCAAAUUAAUCUUGAUGGUGGAACCUUACAAAGGGAUUCAAUAUCACCCAUGGUCGACAGCAGUCCAGCAUGGGAUAUCAUGGAUAUAAUGAAUAAUGUAAAGACUGUCCAUAACUGUGAUGUACAUCCAGACUGUGGAAUUGGUACUGCGUUCGAGGACGUGCAAGAAAAUACACAUGGCGCUAGUGCUACCACAGAUAGUAGACUGUCGCGUCGAAGCAAAACUGGCACCGAGAUAUUUCAUAUGAGCCUCAGGAGUCUAUUGCAGUACAUUGAUGAGGAGUUGUUGCUAAGGGGAAACGCAAUGUCGAUGGUUGGUGGGCAUUGCGAUCAGCUGUACUCCCUGCAAGCCACACUUCCACUCGGGGAGUCAUCGAAUGACUGUGAGAUUCAUCGGGGUUAUUAUACGAGCUUAUCCGGGUCACAAGCGAGUCCCAGGCGUCACAGCUCUGUGGACGAGUUGUAUGGCCUGGUGAGUGGUUCCCUGUCCUUAGCAGCCGUCAAUGGGCAACGUCAACGAUCGCUCUCGGACAGUGGCCCGAGGGACGAGUCCCCACGCUCUAAUGGUGAUAACGAGGUACCCGUUCAUGGAGAUAGGGAGAGCAUUGGUCCGGAUCUGUUAUCAGACACACCUCCUGUACCUCCAAGAAGAAGGGACAGGAAGAGGCAUACACCUCCGAGGCCUAUUAGUAAUGGAUUACCGCCAACGCCAAAGGUCCAUAUGGGAGCAUGUUUUUCAAAGGUAUUCAACGGCUGUCCGUUGAGGAUACAUUGCACUGCAAGCUGGAUUCAUCCUGAUACAAGGGAUCAGCACCUACUCAUUGCCGCCGAAGAAGGAAUUUAUAAUUUAAAUCUUAAUGAACUUCACGAGACUGCUAUUGAUCAAUUGUACCCAAGGCGUACAAUAUGGAUGUAUGUUAUUAAGGACGUUCUAAUGUCCCUGUCUGGGAAAACGCCACAGUUAUAUAGGCACGAUCUUUUAGCAAUGCAAAGCAAGCAAACACAUAGGUUUUCGUUACACAUGAAUAAAAUUCCAGAAAAGUUAGUGCCUAGGAAGUUUGCCCUUACGACUAAAGUGCCGGACACGAAGGGAUGCACGAAAUGUUGCGUGGGAAGAAAUCCCUACAAUGGGUACAAAUAUCUAUGUGGCGCCAUGCCAGCUGGUAUAUUUCUAAUGCAAUGGUAUGACCCCCUGAAUAAAUUUAUGCUUUUGAAACAUUAUGACUGUAUAUUACCAUGUCCGCUCAAUGUCUUCGAAAUGGUAAUUACACCAGAGAUGGAAUAUCCCAUGGUGUGUGUGUCCGUAAAACAGGCAUACCAACAAAAUGAACUUAAAUUGGAUCUCAUUAAUAUGAAUUCCGGGGCCAGCUGGUUUCAUAGCGAUGAACUGGAAGUCAUGGAUGGUUCAGCGACAGUGAUUCCAAGACGUGAAAAUCUUCAAGUGAUAACUGUUACUCAGCUUGAAAAAGAUGCAAUCCUUGUGUGUUACGAUAACGUCAUUAAGGUCGUUACGUUACAAGGAAAACCGAGAGUCAGCAAGAAGCAAAUGUCAGAAUUACAUUUCAAUUUUCAAAUUGAGUCGAUAAUUUGUUUGCCAGACAGUGUAUUGGCAUUUCAUAAGCACGGUAUGCAGGGAAGAAGUUUAAAAAAUGGAGAAGUAACGCAAGAAAUUAGUGAUCCAAGCAGGACGUAUAGAUUAUUGGGUUCUGAUAAGGUUGUGAUGUUGGAGAGCCAUUUGGUUCAUACAGGAACAUUAACAGAAUCAGAGGGAGCAGACUUGUACAUACUUGCAGGACACGAAGCCAGCUACUAGGAUAUCCAAGCUAAGACUUAGCCAGAGGAGAAUACAUUUCUAGCAUAAAAAUUGAUAUGAUAAUUCAAGCCGCAAGUAAAUUAUUAUAAUUUGCUAAGAUUGCACGUAAAAUAUAGUGACUGUAAUAGAGAUAGUGUUUACAUCGUUAUGUUAUUAUUCUUUCUUUUCUUCUGUCAAAUGAAAAUUAAUGACUUUCCUUAAGAAAGAUUUUCAAGUAAAGAGAAUGUGACAGUAUUUGCACGCCUAACUAAUUAUAUAACUGAUUCGACAUAAUCUCUGUGCAGUCUCUACGAUAUAGACUAUUUAAUUGCUAGAAUAGUAAGGAUAAAUAUUAACUAAUUCAAGCAAUCCUGAAAGUAAUUUAAGCUUGUCUCGGUUAUAAUAUGAACGACGCGUUUAUCGUUCCAAAUUUAUCUGGAUAUAUUUAAAUUUAUUUUCAGGAUAUAUCUUGUCAUCAACAUAGUUAAUAUUAAUAACAAAAGGAUGAUCGUUGUAUUGUUGCAAACGCGCAUAGAUCAAAGAUGUGAUCGGCUUUAAGACUGGGACAAAUGCAAUCUCCUCUUUUGUGUGUUAGAUUUUCUCGUUACGGAGAGCCUAGAGUACGAAGGAAGAGUGCUGGAUCACUUGAAAGGAAUGGGGAAAAAAGGAGUUUCUUAGUAAGUUACACUAAUAUUAUAUUAGCUGAGACUCGACGUUUCAUCAAUAUAACAGAUCAAAAUAGAAUUUCCUAUAUAGCUCUUGAGAAGACAAUGUUUACAGGUAUUAAUGUUAUGACCAGCGCUAUUUAAUAAUUACAUUUGAUUUUGUGCCAAAUGAACGAAUUCAUACGAGCUUUUUUAAUUCGCGCUUGAGCCACACAUAGUUUUGGACGCCAAGGAAUAUUGGUCUUUUUUCUUCUUAGUGAACACGCAUAAUUGUCAAUGAUUUUUUUUUGUUAAAUCCGGAUUUGAUCGCGUCAAAGGAAGCUAUCAAGCUCUGAUACAUUUUAAUCAGAAUAAUUUACUAGUAGAGAAUAAUUAUCUUUUGAUAUUUGACUUAACUUUUUUUUGUUACAUUGCAUAUUGUAUUGUCUGAGGAUAUGAGUGUGUAAGAAUAUAGUAUCUAGCACUUUUCUGCCUGCUUUUAAAUCUUUAGAUUAUUAUGGGGAAUUAACGAAGGGAAUCGAUUUUGUGGAUGGAGAUGAUUAUUGUGGAGCUGUUAAAUAUUUGGGGUUUUUAUAUGAAAAUUUUUUCUCUGUAAAUAGAAUAUAAAUUGCUAAAGAAAGUAUUACGUUAUUCAAAAUUUAAUCGAUUAAUGAAAUGUAAGAUUUGACUGCUUACUGUUUUGUGCUAAAUUUUAUGAACUUAAACUGUCAAGGUGCCUGGAGCAUAAAUGGUGUAAGUCACUUCAAAAGAUUAUUUAACUCAAAAUUUAAAACUCCUGAGUGACGUCUUAUAUUCUCUGAAUAUACGUCGACUAGUUAAUAAUAUUUUCAUUUAAUUUUUUUAUCGCAUACUUUAUUUAUUGAUCAAGACAUUUGUGCAAACUAAAGAUUGACUUAAAUUCAACUGCUGCUCGUGAAACAAAUAAAAGGCAAUAACGGAAGACUUAAGGCUUUGUAUAUUUAGAUAUACAAAGAUACAUUUUUUGUAUAAUAGAAACAUGUCGUAUUCUGUUUUGGUUCGCUAUUAAAAAACUACAAGACUUACACCAUGUAUGCUGUGCCCUCAGUAUAGAAAGCAUGUGUAUAAUACAUAAUGUUUUAAGAAUUAAUAGUGAGGCUGCAUUUAUUAACAAAUUAAGUUUACUUGCUAAUUACAAGUAACAAUCCACACUUUGAGGUGACGUAUAAGUAGGAUUUUAUCUCUUCGUCGAUGAAAAGAUAGCGUAGCUCCUUGUAAUAUAAAAUGAGUAUCCUAGCUUUACCUCACAAGCAAACACCAAAUUGAACAUUCAAUCAAACAUGUUGCAUCAAUCAAAUCAUGCUAAUAUAAUCUAACGUGCACUACAAUUUAGUAAAAACAUUUAAAUAAUCUCUGCGCGAGAAUAGAAACAGCAAUGUCUUCCCCGUUCUGAAAUUAUAAUUAGAACUGUACUAACUAAAUAUUUCUCUAUGAAAUUUUUAAGCAUUUUGAAGCAUCUCAAAAGCCUCUCUCCUCUUUGAAUUAAACGAUACCAUAAUUACGAGUGUAUAGAUACCACUUUCUUCUGUAUUUUCUGCGAUAAUUAAGCUCUGCAAUUAAGUACUAGGUCAAGGAACAUUUAUCCUUGUAGGACUUUGAAAUAGCAAUUGAUCGAUGUUAAACUAUUUUUGGCCAUACAUAUCCCAAUACACAAAGAAAAAAGAGAUUAAAACGCAUCGUAUUCACGAAUAACGAAAAACUGAUAAGUAUUUAGUGGCUGUGAAAUUAUUGAGAGUUGGUCCCAAAAGUCUCGUCGUUUCAAUGCUAAUUCUCAGCCGGAUUAGAGGAGCAGUAUGAAAGAUGUAACUACGUUUAUUGAGAAUAUCUAUCUUCCCAUUCCCAUUGUUGAUCACUACGUUUGUAGCGGUAUACGAAAUAAGAAAAUCUUAAACAUUCAUCCAGAAUACAGUCUUGCUGUUUUAAAAAGUUAUUCUCAACAGAUAAAAUUAACGUGUAACUAAACUGCACAUGAAUUUUCAAGCACGAACGAGGAGAAUCUCACAUUUAUAAUUUAUGUUGCGUUUAAUGCCUACACCGGUCGAGGGUAUUGUCUUCUUCUUUUCUAUUGUUGAUCGGCAUAUUAUUAUAAAAGCGUUAAUGAAUUCUUUCAUUGUUAUGGAGACAAUAAUUUUAGUCACAAAUUAGUGUUUCGCCUGAACGAGUAUAAAAGAAAGUUAUAUUGUGGAAAUGGAUGCGAUUGAUGGAAUGUCGAAUGUAAUACGCAAUACGCAAUCAAGUAUGGCUUUUAUUAUCUCGACCAAUUGUAAGACAUGAAUUAUGCUAUUUAAGGAAAUACUCCACUAAUGCAGGUCGCACAUAUCCAUAUUUUGCUCAUGACCACAGAGUUUAACGACAGUCUAUAUAUCGAAAUUUUCAUCUGUAUUAUUGAACUUACAAUGAAAUAGUAUGGUUUAUAAUAUAUCUCUGUAGAAUUUAUAGAGACAUUCAUAGGUAGGCAAAUUAGUGCAGCGAUAAAACGUACCUGUCCGCACUGACCAGAUUUGUGGCUUUGCCUCAAUAUAUCUAUUGCGUGUUCUUACUAGUUGAUUAUUGUCUUUCUUUACUCAUUCUCAUAUCUACAAUAUUGCCGAUUAAUAGUAUCUCAAGAGAAUUUUUAUUAUUCACGUUGAUUUAAUAAUUGAGAAGGUGCUGAUUACUAUUUUAAAAUACUCGUAGUGUCUCUUUAAAUUUUUCUGUGGAGCUUAUAUUUUGUUCUCUUACACUCAUAAACAGUACCAAAUGCAACAAUUUUGUUCACGUAUUAGCCAGAGUAUAGGGAGGCAAAUGUGAAAAUAUUUUAUGAGGCAAAACCCAUAGAUUAGAUGGAAAGAGAAUUUAUAUUUAAUAACGUCUCAAGACGCAAAAGAGAGACACGAAUUGGACGAGAAUGUAAUACAUAUAUAAAUGUAUAAUAAUAUUAAUGAUUUUGAAUUUCGUUAGAUCUUGACAUUAGCAGAAAUUAUAAAUUGAUCCAUCAAUAUGUCAAUAGCGUGUUGUUAACCAAAGCUUUAGCCACGAAUAGAGAACACUGAAUAAAAUUAUUCUUACAAACGAGUGGAGUUCUAAACUUAUUGAACAAAUAUACUGUAGGCACAAGAAGUUUCUGGAGAUGAUGCUGUUAUUCAAUGAAUUGAUUUUCUAUCCUUUGCUACUUUAUAAUAACAGUAUUAAUGAAAUUCCUAUAAUCAUUUAAUUAUUAACACUGUUCAUUAAGUUCGUCUCAUACAAGAGAAACAAUAUGGCUUUGUUUGCGUACAGCAACAGCUACAGAAACUCCUUGCAAUUAGAAUAAAAAUUAAUAUAUUCUUCAUAUUCAAAUCGUGGAGUAAAGCAGUGAGACGAUCUUAGUUAUAGAGAAGAAAACAUAAUAAUAGAUGACAUAAAUAAUGAAUAAUGAUUGAAGAAACAAUUUAAGCAGUUGUACAUAAUGUGCAUAACAGUGAUAGCCUUUGGUUCACAGAAUUUUUGUUCUAGCAACUUUUUAUAAAUACAUUAUUGUGAAAAUAAUUUAUUAUCAUUAAGUAUUAUUUAUUUACUCGUAAUUAUUUAAAGAUGACUAGCCAAAACUUCUGUAAAUAGACGUAUCUUAUAAUAAAACCUACCCCACAAUA